AUGGCAGUGUCGAAGAUUUUGGAGCUCUAUUGUGACCUUUUCAGUGAUCACAGACUAGAGAAAUUAUUUGAACCUUGCUCCCUCCAUACUGAAUAUCACACAUUACGAGUGUGUUGGCAAAUUCGACCUGCAAGUACCAAUUUAAUAUCUAGACAACCAGCUUCCUCUCCUGGGUCUAACACUUCGGGGGCAGGAAUUCGCGUGCCCUCACCAUCAGGGGGUCCAGGAUCAAGACCGGCAACGCCUAUUAGGCCUACACUAACAACAUCCUCUAGAGCCUCGAGACCUUCGACACCAACCUCUCAACCGACCUUGUCUUCAACUAAAUCAACAGUGCCAGUCAAGCCCUCUGUUGUCGCUACUAAGCCUGCUGCAGGUACUUCGACCAAGCCUGCAGUUUCAACUGCAAAGCAACAAGUUCCUGCCAUAUCUCCGACUCCAUCAUGGUCAACAGCGAGAUCUUCAACGCCAACUGCCUGUCCCAUUGUUAACCCACCAAAACUGGCAUCAAGGGCAGCAACACCAACUCGCCGACCAUUUACAACGUCAACUGGUCCCACUGUAUCUGGCCCUCCCACCAAAGCAGCGUCCUCUACUAUUGCAAAAUCUGCUUCAACAACGUCAAGAAAUACAGUGUCAUCACGUCGAACUUCCCUACCAGUGAAAUCAAUACUAUGGGACGACUCGGCAAAGGAUAACAAAGGAACAAGAAAGCGCCCUGCCAAUGGUGUCUUUUAUACAAGUGGAAUCUCUGUUCCUGCAUUGAGUCGUGGGCAUCCUAAAAUGAAUGACAAUAUGAGGCCUGUUUUGAUUGGCACUAAAAUGUUGGAUAGGGUAAUAAACAUGAGGAAAUUAGUGCAACCCAAGCAAGACAAUAAACAUUCUCCUCACAGUAACAUGUUCGGAAAGUCGGCUUCUCCCGACAGCUCAGGCUUUGGGCAAACACUAUCCAAUAGAUCCUUGGAUAUGGCUGUAGGGCAUAUGGACAUAAGGCGAAGCAUUCCUGGGAAUUUGCGACCAUCGAUGACGUAUAUCCCUGCUUCACUGCUGUUACAUUCACCCUUGUACAGCGUGAGAUCCGAGCCUACAAGAAGUAGGACACUUAGCGAAUCAGACUUUCCACUUGCGACAAGCAGCAGCGCCAGCUCUGAAGUGGAUGGGAUCAACAUCGGUCUCCUAUGCAUGGAAGGAAAUGGACUGGAUGAUGAUAUCACCAGUGAGGGGGAUGGUCAUUCGCCUAUUUGUGGCUGCUGA